AUGGACGAACUGAGUCUCUACAUUCUAACCUCAAACUGUGCCCAAAACCUGAUCGAUGUCGACCUCGUCGCAGCCCACUUCUUCGAUGUCCUCCCCUCCUCGACGCCAGCUCCAGAGCUGAUCGUUCUUUCACUACAGGAGCUCGCUCCGAUCGCAUACUCCUUUCUUGGCGGCUCAUAUCUACUCCCAUACUUUAAUGCAUUUAUCAAGGCUGUCAAGCAAGCAACUGCUAAACAAUGGAACGAGUCUUAUGUCAACCUAGUCAAGGAUCACAUCGGCAUGACGGGGUUGAUGGUCUUUGCGCGCUCUGAUAUCGCGAACAGGAUAUCAUGGAUAGACACCGCGCAUGUCGGAGUUGGAUUACAGGAAAUGGGCAACAAGGGUGCAGUUGGAGCUCGGCUAGGAUAUGUUGUGGAAGGACGACAAUCUCAAGAGGUGGAUUUGACAUUCGUUGCAGCGCAUCUAGCGCCGAUGGAGAAUGGGCUGGCGCAAAGAAAUCUGGACUGGCAGAGUAUUGUCGAGAGAUUGGUUUUCUCGCAUGGACAGACCUUACCCCGGGAGGUGGAAGGAGACAACCGGAGUUCAGACGAGAGUACCUCGCUCCUGAAUGAGCAUGCCCACAGCUCGUCGCAUCAUGCCCAGGGCAGUCUAUACAACCUCUCCGCUCGUAAUUCCUAUCUCUUCCUAGCCGGUGACCUCAAUUACCGCACAUCCGACACAAGCCCACGGAAGGAAGAUAUCCUACGCUUCCCCAAGCGCAACGCCGAUCCCAGCAGUCCAUCCCAUUACUCCCACCUCCUCAAAGAAGACCAACUCAUGCGCGAGAUGCGCGCAGGCAGGGCCUUCCACGGCCUUUCCGAAGCCCCCAUCGACUUUCCCCCAACAUACAAGUUCUCUGAUGCCGCACAACAAGCUGCCCGACAAGCCCUGGAGAACGGGGACGAGGAUACAGAGUGGAAAUGGUCGACACACCGGUGGCCUAGCUGGUGCGACCGCAUCCUGUACCUGGACAAUACAGCAGCGUCAAGUGAUACUAGCGAGGCCGCAGCACGCCGGACGAUCAAACCCGUCGUGUACAAUGCGCUCCCGCUUUUUCCUCACUCGGAUCACCGCCCUGUCGCGCUGGCUGUGAGUGUGCCUUUGAGGCCUACUGCUGCCUCUGUAGAGGCGGAUCACAUGGUUGGCGAUGCGAACGGUACGAGCAAGCCGGAGGUUCUGGACCCGUUUGCAAUCGAUCCUACAUGGCGGUCUCGGCGGGAUGCGGCGCGGCGGAAGGAAAUUGUCGUCGGUGUGUUGGCGUACUUGGGGUUGACAUGGGAGGGUAAUGGAAUGGUGCUCGCGUCUGUGGUGGGAUUGUUAGGUGCAUGGGUGGUGCUGAGGUCGAUAUGGGGAGUGUAA